AUGCUCGACGUUCUCAAACAACUGCGCAAGAAAACUAAAUUGUCUGACAUUGAUGCACCUACAGCAAGGCUCAUCUAUACGGUGUGUGCCUUUGAAACAGCCUGGCAACGACGCAAAGAACCAUCGGUAUGGUGUCAAUUGCUCGAUCGCAAAUCUAUACAAAUUUUAGAAUUUGCCGAAGAUUUAGAAUACUAUUGGAAUGAUGGCUAUGGCUAUGAAUUGACACAUCAAAUUGCCUGUCCAGCCAUAGCCAAUAUGUUUGAGCAUAUUGACCCUUUAUCUUCUUUGCCAAAUGCUACAUUUUAUUUUACACAUUCAGGCACUUUACUUAAAGUACUGGCACAUUUGGGUUUAUAUAAGGAUGAGGCGCCUUUAACCUUUCAAGAUUAUGGUAAACAACGUAAAUGGCGUACCAGCGCCAUUGAUGCUUUUGCCACAAAUGUGGCUUUUGUUUUAUAUGAUUGUGAAAAUGAAGGUCCUAAGGUCUUAACCAUGCACCAAGAGCAAAUAGUGCACAUACCAGGCUGUCCGGUUGACCAUGAUUUGUGCAGUUUGUCUACUUUGCGCAAACUCUUUGCCCACAGUUUAGACAAUUGUAAUUUCAAUGAAAUGUGUGUUUUAAAUGAAAAAAUCUGA